AUAAGGUGCGCGGGUUUAAUUAUUAGACACCACUACUGAAAUGUAUGUGGCUACAAAACAAGCUAUAUCUUCAUGAAUCUCAUUGCCCAUUCCUUCUCUGAUCUCUAAAAUUCACAAAAUUCUUACACACAAGAACAACAUUUAUCCACCAUGGAUUCAACCUCCACCAUCAACGAUGAAAUAGCCAUUGAUAUACCCCCAAUCUUGAGAGUAUACAAAAGCGGUCGUGUUGAAAAUUUAAUAGGUGAAGAAUUUCUUCCUCCAUCCCUUGAUCAAGCAACCAACGUUGAAUCAAAAGACGUUGUAAUCUCCGAAGAACAUAACAUCUCAGCUAGACUUUUCAUUCCCAAAACCAAUCACCCACCAAUCCAAAAACUCCCUGUCUUUGUCUACUUCCAUGGUGGUGGUUUCUGCAUUGAAACACCUUUCUCACCAUGCUACCAUAACUAUCUUAACUCUGUUACUUCACUUGCUAACGUUAUUGGUGUCUCUGUUCAUUACAGAAGAGCACCGGAAUACCCUGUUCCCAUUGCUCAUGAGGAUUCAUGGCUAGCACUCAAAUGGGUUGCUUCACAUGUUGGUGGAAAUGGUUCUGAUGAAUGGUUGAAUCAAUAUGCAGAUUUUGAGAAAGUGUUCUUAGGAGGUGAUAGUGCUGGUGCUAAUAUUUCACACUAUUUGGGUAUUCGGGUUGGGAAGGAAAAUUUAGAUGGUGUGAAACUUGAAGGGAGUGUUUAUAUACAUCCUUAUUUUUGGGGUGUGGAUCUAAUUGGUUCUGAAUCAAAUAUGGCUGAAUUUGUAGAAAAGAUUCAUAAUUUGUGGCGUUUUUCAUGUCCAACUACGACUGGAUCGGAUGACCCGUUGAUUAACCCAGCUAAUGAUCCGGAUUUGGGGAAGUUGGGUUGUAAGAGAUUGCUUGUUUGUGUUGCUGGGAAAGAUAUUUUGAGGGAUAGAGGUUUGUAUUAUAAGGAAUUGCUUGAGAAAAGUGGUUGGGGUGGUGUUGUUGAAGUUGUUGAAAUAGAGGAUGAGGGACAUAUUUUUCAUCUGUUCAAACCAAGUUGUGAGAAUGCUAUGGCCUUGCUUAACCAAGUUGUAUCCUUCAUCAAAAAGGCUUGAAAACAAAAUCAAAAUUUCAUGUUUCCUGUUUUCCUCUAUCAAUAAGGGUGGAAGACUCGAAGUGUUAUAUGAUCAUGUUUCCUUUAUUUUGUUUCCUAUGUAUUUAUCAUCCUUUUCCUUUUUAUUUAUUAGGUUAUGUUAUGGUUUCUGCAUGUUUGUAUCCUGUGUUUAGUGAACAUAACUACAAGUAAUCUUUAUGUGCAUGUCUAUUCUAUUA